AUGCCUGGCUCAAAGAAUGUCAACCAGUAUGGAAGGAAGUUCACGAAUGGAAGACCACUACCUGAUGAUCUAAGGGUGCAAAUUCUGAACAUGGCUCUUCAUGGAGUGAGACCAUGUGAGAUCAGCAGGCAGCUGCAGGUUUCUCAUGGAUGUGUCAGCAAAAUUUUGAACAGAUACAGAAAAACAGGGUCAAUAAACCCUGGCAAAAUUGGUGGCAGUAAGCCAAAAGUGACCACUCCAGAUGUUGUGAACAGAGUGAGAGAGUGCAAGGCACAAAAUACACAAAUGUUUGCCUGGGAAAUAAGACAGUGUCUUGUUCAGGAUGGAAUAUGCAGUGAGAAAAACAUUCCCAGCAUCAGCUCCAUCAACAGGAUAAUCAGAGAUAAGGCUGGGCAACAAAGAACAGGUUUCGAAAGAUUUAUUAACUCAGAUGGACAAGAAGAGGUAGCAUUUGUUUUUUUCUUCAAAAUGUCAAGUCAAUAA